GUCACCCCAGCAGCAGCAACCACCACUUCCACAACCAGUAGCAACAGCGCCGAGCCCUCUGCGGGAGACUGAGCCAACACCCAUCCCAGUGGCACCCGUUGCUGCAGGCGACUACAGCCCCACCCCCCCUGCUGCCUGGCGACGCCAUCUCCGAAUCGGCAGCGGUGGCAGAGGCUCCCUCCCUGGUCCCCAGCCGGCUUGACUUCUUCCAAGAGUCUCAGAUCGACCUGGAGUCGCCGCACAUGGACCCGGCUGUCGUGGCGGCCCUCCCCUCGGUGCCUGCAAUGGCCCUUCCACCCACCGCUGUCGUGCAGCCCGCCGGCUUCGUGCUGACUGCCGGUCCCCCUCCCCAUCCCGUAGCGGCCGUGCCUCCUCCCCCCCACCACGUUGCUCCCCACCAGCCGCUAGUGAGCCAUGCCAUCCCGCCCCAUCCACAGCCUGUGGUGCAGCCCGUGCAACAGCCCAUUGUCCAGCAGCAACCUCCGCAGCCCCAGCCACAUCCGCAGCAGCCACCGCCGCAUCAACCGCAGCUUCCGCCAAUGACUGUGGACUAUUCUGAGCACAUGCCGAUUCCCACUGUGACGUUCACCAACCAGAGCCUCCGCAAUGCCCACGGCGAUGACAGGAGGCCCCGGAGGGGUGGCCCCGGCGGCCAGGGAGGACCUCCCAGGAGGGGUGGCUACACCAAUGGCAAAGGCCCACAAUGGCAGCCCAAUGGUAGUGGCCAUGAUCGAUCGGAAGGCUACCGGGGAGCCCCAAGGCAGUCGGGGUCUGGACCUAGGGGAGGACAGCACCAGGGACGUGGGCGCCCGACAGGGAACCGUGGACCCCCUCGCAACACUGGUGUUCCAGCUGCCGCUUAUGCCCAGUAACGGCUGCUGCCGAUGACGUUGCUUCGCCCAGUUGCCCCGGGAGGGCACUGCUACCAAUGCACCCAUCUGACUCUGCCUCCUGUCUGGGAGUUGUUGCCUCUGCUGCCCCUGUUCCUAUGAGCCUUUGUUUUUUUUUUCUAUCUUUCAUUAAUAUUAUAGCCCUCCCUGUACUCCCAGACUCUCUCUCUCUGCAUGUUUUUCAUUUUUCUGUGUGUCUUUGUCUUUCGUGCCUGUACCAGUCUGCCAGGGGCAGUGGAAGGCCUCCUCCUACUCUUCUUCGAGACGGGCGAGGGAGGUGCUGUAUUAAAGAAGGUCAUCUCUCAGGCGUGCGUGCCAGGACCAACAACAACCCUCGCCCUCUUUCAUUCUGCAGAGAGUUUGUGCAUAAACACAUCGUUUGUUCCCCUCUUUUUGUUUUUCCCUUCCUGUUUCUGUGCGGAAGUGGAUGCCAGCAAUUGUUGCGCACAGGGCUGUUUGCGUGCGUGGCAUGCACGUGAAAAAGCAUGCCGAGGUGAAUAAAGAGAGCCCAGGUGGAUCUUCUAGUUUUAAAAAAAUG